GGUCAAGGCGGCUCCAAGAUGGCGGCGCUCACUAGGUUAAUGUCUACCUGCGGACAGUUGCUGCGGGGACUGGUGGCUGGCCCUGUCGCCACCCGCUGGGCCCGGCCGCCGGCCCGCGAGUUCCGAGAAGUGGUCGAGAUCCAAGAAGGGAAGACGACCAUAAUCGAAGGCCGGAUCACAGAGACUCCCAAGGAAAGCCCCAACCCCCCUAACCCCACUGGCCAGUGCCCCAUCUGUCGCUGGAACCUGAAACAUAAAUACAACUAUGAGGAUGUUCUCCUGCUCAGUCAGUUCAUCCGGCCACACGGCGGCAUGUUGCCCCGGAGCGUCACGGGCCUGUGCCGGGAGGAACAUCUCAAGAUCGAGGAGUGUGUAAAGAUGGCGCACCGGGCAGGUUUGCUGCCAAAUCACAGGCCUCGACUCCCCGAAGGAUUUGUUCCGAGGAACAAACAAAAACUCAACCGGUACCUGACCCGCUGGUCUCGCCGGUCCGUCAAACCCAUCUAUAAUAAAGGCCACCGCUGGAACAAGGUGCAAAUGGCUGUGGGGUCUCCUCUCCUCAAAGACAAUGUCUGCUACUCCUCGAGACCCCUGGUGCUCUAUCAGUGACCAGUCAUGGAGCCCCUGCACUUCGCAGCGCCCUCUUCACCCACCAUACCCCAGCUCUUCAGCCGAGACAGCUGGAGGG